AUGGAGGAUAGGGAAUGGGUCGCGUGGAAGCUAGCUGAAGUCCUACCUUGCGUCAUGGUACAACAGGUAUUGGCGGUGGUUGGGCCGGAUGGGGCCUUCCCUGAUAGAAUGAUAUUGUUAGCGUCAACCUCGGGUCAGUUUUCGUUAUCGUCUACAUAUAGAGAGGUUCGUGAGAUGAAGCCGUUGUCAUUCCUCUUUCGCCAGAUAUGGGAUGCGAGUGUCCCCCUGAAGGUGUCAUUCUUUAUGCUUCGUUUGUUGUCUAACCGCCUUCCCUUGGAUGACGUGUUGGUGGCACGUGGUUUUCAGCUUCCAUCCAAGUGUUCAUGUUGUCUGGUAUCGAAUACUGAAUCCCUUCGUCACUUGUUCUUGGAGGGGGAACUUGCAACUACGGUGUGGCAGUUUUUUGGCUCGGUAGGUAGGUUGGCUCUGAAUGUCAACCAUGUCUGGGUGUGGUUGAUUGGUUGGUGGCUCAAGCCGAUGAAAUCAGAGCAGCUUAGGUUCAUGUUCCGGAUCUUACCUUCUCUCAUCUGUUGGCAUAUUUGGAAGGCUAGGAACACAGCGGUGUUCCAGGGGUCCGUGCAGCUUCCUACUGAGUUUGCAAGCAGAGGCCAAAGCAUUAUUACUCGGGCUGCAGAUAUGUGUGCAACGGGGCUUUAG